UAAGCUGAGAUCCAGCUAUGCAAACCAUGUUUAGAGACACUUAAAGGACAAGCUCCUUUCUUUCUGGUAAAUUUAGAGAAGCUAUCAUACGAGGUCCUUUUUCCAUUCAGCCUUGCACACAGCUACUGAGACUUGACAGCGGUAGGAAGACAUUUGGAAGCUGGUCAGACAAAGCUAUCAUGUUGAGGUUAAGUCAUUCGCCUACCUUUCCUGAAGGUUUUCACCUUUUAAGUAUUGUGGCACUCUUGCUAUUCCAUGUGGACAAAGCAUAUGCAGAAAGUCCAACAGAAGCACCAAACGACACUGAAGUAUGUACUGGUACAUAUUAUUGCAAACCAGGUGUGAUUUUACCUAUCUGGGAGCCCCAAGACCCUUCAUUUGGUGAUAAAAUUGCUAGAGCUACUGUCUAUUUUGUGGCCAUGGUCUACAUGUUCCUAGGUGUAUCCAUCAUAGCUGACCGCUUCAUGUCUUCUAUAGAAGUCAUUACAUCCCAAGAGAGAGAGAUAACUAUCAAGAAGCCCAGUGGUGAGACCAGCAAAACCACAGUGAGGAUUUGGAACGAGACUGUGUCCAACCUAACGUUGAUGGCUUUGGGUUCUUCAGCCCCUGAGAUUCUACUUUCUGUUAUUGAAGUAUGUGGUCAUGGUUUCACUGCGGGGGAUCUUGGACCGAGCACCAUUGUAGGCAGUGCCGCCUUUAACAUGUUCAUCAUUAUAGCCAUAUGUGUCUAUGUGGUUCCGGAUGGAGAAAUAAGGAAGAUUAAGCAUCUAAGAGUGUUUUUUGUGACAGCAGCUUGGAGCAUCUUUGCCUACACUUGGCUCUACCUUAUUUUAUCUGUCAUAUCACCCGGCGUUGUGGAGGUCUGGGAAAGCUUGCUCACUUUCUUCUUCUUUCCCAUUUGUGUGGUAUUUGCAUGGGUAGCCGACCGAAGGCUUUUAUUUUACAAGUAUGUCUACAAGAAGUACAGAGCUGGCAAACAGCGAGGCAUGAUCAUUGAACAUGAGGGUGAUAGGCCAUCAUCCAAAGCUGACAUUGAAAUGGAUGGCAAAGUGGUUAACUCCCAUGUGGAGAACUUCUUAGAUGGCACCCUGGUUCUGGAGGCAGAUGAGCGGGAUCAAGAUGAUGAGGAAGCAAGGAGGGAAAUGGCUAGAAUCCUGAAGGAGCUGAAGCAAAAGCACCCUGACAAAGAAAUCGAACAGCUGAUAGAACUAGCGAACUACCAGGUUCUGAGCCAACAGCAAAAGAGCCGAGCCUUUUAUCGCAUUCAGGCUACUCGGCUAAUGACAGGUGCUGGCAACAUUUUGAAGAGACAUGCUGCGGAUCAGGCACGGAAAGCUGUCAGCAUGCAUGAGGUUAAUUGUGAAGUGGUGGAAAACGAUCCUGUCAGUAAGAUCUACUUUGAGCAGAACACCUACCAGUGUCUCGAGAACUGCGGCACAGUAGCUUUGACCAUUGUUCGCCGAGGUGGUGACUUGACCCAUGUCGUUCACGUUGACUUCAGAACAGAAGACGGCACAGCCAAUGCAGGGUCUGAUUAUGAGUUUACCGAAGGGACUGUGGUCUUCAAGCCUGGCGAGACACAGAAGGAAAUCCGGGUUGGCAUAAUUGAUGACGAUAUUUUUGAGGAGGAUGAGAACUUCCUCGUUCACCUCAGCAAUGUGCAAGUUAGCACUGAAGCACUGGAUGAAGGAAUUCUGAAGGCCAACCAUGUCGCAACACUUGCCUGCCUGGGAUCACCCUCCACUGCCACCGUUACCAUCUUCGAUGAUGAUCAUGCGGGCAUCUUUACCUUUGAGGAGCCAGUCACUCAUGUGAGUGAGAGCAUUGGAACCAUGGAAGUGAAAGUGCUGAGAACGUCCGGUGCUCGAGGAAAUGUUGUUGUGCCCUACAAAACCAUCGAAGGCUCAGCCAGAGGGGGAGGAGAGGACUUUGAGGAUACUUGUGGAGAGCUUGAAUUCCAGAAUGACGAGAUUGUCAAAACGAUAUCAGUCAAAAUAAUUGAUGAUGAGGAGUAUGAGAAAAACAAGACCUUCUACCUUGAGAUUGGGGAGCCCCGUCUGGUGGAGAUGAGUGAGAAGAAAGCUCUGUUGUUGAAUGAGCUUGGUGGCUUCACAAUAACAGGCAAACCUGUCUUCAGGAAGGUCCAUGCAAGAGAACAUCCAAUUCCUUCUACUGUAAUCAGCAUUCAAGAAGAGAAUGAAGAGAAACAGCCACUGACGAGCAAAGAGGAGGAAGAGCGCCGCAUUGCAGAAAUGGGACGCCCAGUACUGGGAGAACAUACCAAACUAGAAAUCAUUAUUGAAGAAUCCUAUGAGUUCAAGAAUACUGUGGACAAGCUCAUUAAGAAGACAAACCUAGCCCUUGUGGUUGGAACUAACAGCUGGAGAGAACAGUUUAUUGAAGCUAUCACAGUCAGCGCUGGCGAGGAGGAUGACGAUGACGAAUGUGGGGAAGAGAAGCUGCCAUCCUGCUUUGAUUAUGUGAUGCACUUUCUGACUGUCUUCUGGAAGGUCCUUUUCGCCUUCGUCCCCCCAACAGACUACUGGAAUGGCUGGGCCUGCUUUGUCGUCUCCAUCCUAAUGAUUGGUUUGCUGACGGCUUUCAUCGGGGAUUUGGCAUCCCAUUUUGGCUGCACCAUUGGCCUGAAGGAUUCAGUGACUGCAGUUGUGUUUGUUGCAUUGGGAACAUCAGUGCCAGACACCUUUGCCAGCAAAGUGGCAGCUACGCAGGAUCAAUAUGCUGAUGCCUCAAUUGGGAACGUUACUGGGAGCAAUGCUGUGAAUGUUUUCCUGGGGAUUGGCGUGGCCUGGUCCAUCGCUGCCAUCUACCACGCAGCCAAUGGGGAAGUGUUCCACGUCUCCCCCGGCACCUUGGCUUUCUCCGUCACCCUCUUCACCAUUUUUGCUUUUAUCAGUGUGGGCGUGCUGCUUUACCGGCGGAGACCGGAGAUUGGAGAUUUAAGAUCAUCUGAGACUCCACAAUAUGAAGACAGCUGUUCUCUGAACAACUCUACUCAGAAACUUUCCAUAAGGUAUGUCGUAAAAAUGUGCAGCCUGUACUGUCAUUUUCCAAAUUCCAGUUAUCAUCCAUUUUUUGUCUGCUUCCAAGUCAAGUUAGAAAGGCAUCCCUCAAGAAUCCAUGGCUACAGUGGGGUGCUCUGGCAUGGAUACUUGUCCUACCUCAAAGGAUAUUCUCUUACCCUCAAGUGAGCCAUCUCACAUGUGGUCUACACUACAUACCUAUAUUAGUAUAACUAAGUCACUCAGGGGUAUGAAAAAAGUGAGUCAGUCACCACAGCAGAGGCAGGCAUUCAAUUUCAAGGAUAUAAAAAUGCCACAGAGAAGCAAUAGCACAUAUACAUAUGUCACUGAAUUUUGUUGCAAUAUUACCAUUGUCUCCAGUGGCACAGAUACAUUAAAAUUCUCAGCAAUUGAGAGUGACAUUCCCAGAUACUGCCCUGAUUACUGACCUCCCUAGUGUUGUAUGCAAAAAGCAGGUGACUAAGGCAAUCAUAUUUUCAUAUUUUUAAUAUGAUUGCCAAGCUGUUUUGAAACAACGCUGGCUCUUGCCUGAGGCCUGUGAGGUACUGAGUACUUCCUACUCAUUGUUCUGUCCCAACUCCUGCCAAAAUCUACAGUUCAUAGCAGAUGCACAUUACCUUUCAGGAUGAGGCUCUUAAUCACUUGCCAGAAUUUUGAAGGUUGUUUUCCUCAGUUUAUUAGCACCAUAUUAAAAUGCACACAGGAUUGUCUUCCCCCCACCCCACAAGCAAUGAAGCCUGAAAGCAAUGUUUCUUAACAACUUAAUAAUAGCAUUUUUUUCAGAAGGUGAUGUUAUUUUAAUGUAAUUAUUUGCUUCUUUAGAACGAACUGUUUAGUUGAAAUUAUUAAUAAAUCAGCUGGGACUUUCCUAUCAUCUCAAUUAAACAAACAGUAAAUAACUGUUCUAUUUGAAGAUCAGUCUAAAGGGAGUUUUGGAAUAUUGCUUUCUUAAGGCAAUUUAGACCUUGAAAACACACAACAAAUAGAAUCCUCUUUAUAGGAUUUUUUUUUCCUUUACAAGCCUUUUAUUCAGCAGCAUCCUUGCCAAACACACUAGAGGAUUGAAAUGCUGGCUGGCUGGUUGAUUUAUCUGGUACAUCAUCCAAACAUAAUUGACAAUCUGAAAGGUAGGGUUUAUUAUUUUAACUGCAUUAUUGCUCUCACCACAUCUUAGCAUCAGAAGAGUUUGUAAAAGCUGGUGCUGCACUUCAUUUAUCCCAUUUAAAAAAAUAAUGGUCUCAGAUGAACAUUUGAGUGAGCUUUUCUGUUAUUAAUAGAAGCUAUCCUUGGUAAAGUGGUGAAAUGUCUGGAAUAAACUUCAUUCCUGUAAAAAAGAUCCCCGGUCUAGCAACACAUCACACAGCUAUCAAAAUAAAUAUAAAAGAGCUGGAGAAAAACAAAGUGGGGCCAAUUCUAGCCCUCAAAUGCAUAUCCAUGCACUUCUCCCCCUUCCCGCACUAGCAGCUUCAGGCAGAGACCUCACAGAAUACGGUCAGGUACCAUAGACAUGGGCAACCUUAUAAAACCCAGAUAAACAGAUAAUAGGCAGGGCCUGGCCCAUGCAGAGAGGCUGGAAGAAUUGAGGAGGCAAACCCAGUUGAUCUCAGAGUUCCUGCAUGUACCUUGGCCAAUCCCUGCUCCUCUUCCCACCCACAGCUGUUGGCAGCAUGGCUUUUUUCCAUGCUGCAUUGGCUGAUGGGGUUUACGUAGCAUCCUGGUCAGAGUGCUUUAAAUUCUUCUUUCCCACAGUUUUCCCUUUUUUAUUCCUGGAGCGAAUGGCACAUUCUCAGUGAGAGAGGGGGUUGUGGAAUAAUACAGGUCUUAGCAUUCCAGCAUUGUCACCCAGAUGCUUACACCCUCUUUCAGCUUCAUGCACAAAAAGACCUGCUGUCACAGGCCUUCCUCUCGUACCUAAACCCAACAGAGUCCAUAGUCCCUGUCUAACAAAAAUAACCCACAGAGAAUUUUUGCAGAAUUUGGCUGAAGUUCAAAGCCUGGAAUAAAGUCAGGAAUAUUGAGGCCUGAGAAGCCAGUAUUUCACAGCUACUCUAUCUUCUACAGGACGGUUCAUCACUUAGUGGGCCAGGGCUCUGGUUCUCUUCUCCUUAUACCCUAGCUUAACAGGUUCCAGAGAGCCACAGCAUUAACAAACACCCCAGGGAAGUACACUGAGUCCCUGCAUGGACUUUCAGUCUGGUCACUGAGGCCUUAGUAAUGCCUCCAUUGGAACCCACACUACUAGCAUCCUUGGCCUUUCCUCCCUUCCAGGUGGCUAUCACCUCUCUGAACCAUCAGUUCAGUUAAUACAGCACCUCUUCUACCCACAAGGUUGUCCUCAGGCUCAACAGUGCUGCUCCUCAAACAUGGCCCUUUCGGCAUAGAGAAUUAUCCAUCCAGCCUCCAAAGGUUCAGGGAGAGGAGAAACUCAGUGCUAGGGAUAGUUAUUCCAAGAAGAGAAAUUCUCAAGACACAACACAUUUUGUUCUCUGUAGGCUUUGGCACCAGGAAAUAUGAGAGAGAUUCUUUACAGAAAUACAAGGAAUCUGUUUGUCCUCCCUAAAUGCUGAAUGAGGAUGUAUGCUGCAAAAUUGCUUUGUCCUUUUGAAAACUAACUUCCCCAGGUAUGACUGAUGAGUCAAUUGUAUUCUUGCAAAAUUCAACUUACGCUACAGUAAAUACAAGCCCAAUUCUAACCUCUUAAGGACUUGUGCUUGCCCCAAAUAGCACUGUAGACACUGAAAUACUAAGCACCUCCCUGAGAAUUGUAGCAUAGAUCUACAAGAAGUGGGAUUUUCCAUUUUUAAGCAGAGUUAGCAGGAUAGAAUGGACAUGGCUUCACUUAGGCUGCACCCAGGGGGCAUUAUGGGCUCCUACAGGUCUAUCUGUAGAGUCCCGCUGAGACCCAGCCCUUGCCCCAUGCAAUUCAACAUCUUUAUGACAUCGUUAGGGAAAACUCAAGUACAUCAUGGCCAAAAAAGCCAGCACUAUGCAGACAGCUCCACGUCACUUUUACGUCAGGCACAUAAAGCAUCAUUUCAGUUAUCCAUAGCGUGGCUGAGAUCAGUAACUGGCUGGAGCUGAGCCAGGGAUAUAAUGAGGUGAUGCUGGUGGCAAGAAGGAGGCACCCUGAAGAAUUCACCAUCUCUGUAAAGACACCCUGCCUCCGGAUCUUUAAACAGGCCUCAGCCUCAGGUUCCUGCUGUAGUCCUUGCUGCUUCUGGACACCCAACAACUACAGCCAUGAGACCCAUUUUAAUCUACAACUCUAGAGAAGAUUGGGCCCCCUGAAGACUGAUUCCCCCUUACCAUGGUGAAUUCCAGUCCUAAUUGUGAUUAUUCUCGUUUACCUCUUUGUGGGUAAAAUUACAAUAAAUAGUUCACAGAGCAGACAAAUAAAAUCAUGCUGGCAAAUCAGUAAUAGACACCAUUUUAGUGGCUUCUGUACCAUGGCCUCUCUCCCUACAAGUCUUAGGACUAUGUGUAUCACCAGUAAAUUCUGGACAGGUCAACCAUGAGUUACAUUGAAUUGCUUUUUCUGGUACCCUUUGAGCAAAAGGCCAUGUGUCUUUCAGUACUUUUGUAUAUACACCAUUCAAAAGAGCAGUGUGAUCCGUUUUCCAAAUCUGAUGCACUGGAUUAUUACAAAGCUAUGGUGCUGUUUUAGCUGGCAGUGGGAUAUUUCCAGUUUCAGCUAUUACUCAGAGGGAAAGAUGGCAACUCAUUGUCUACUCAUUAGCUGUUUUUCACUCCAUGCCAGGGCCUGUUGGAGUUGUAAAUGCCAAACAGAGCACCCCCACUACUAAUCCUGUGAUGUGGGUGUUCCAUAAAGCCCUGGCAGUCAGGACUAUGAGGCUGAUUCAAAGCCCUUGGAAGUCAAUUGAAAUCAGUGGAAAAAUUUCUAUGGGCUUUGGAUUACAUCUUUCAAUACAUUUCCUUAUUCUUACCAGGAAGCUAUGCAUCCUCCAAACACACUUCUUUGCUUGGCAUCUUAGACACACCAGCAAUCUGCUGUUAUUAAAUCCAGUGGGCUUUAUGAAGAUGUAUUAUAACUUGGUCCCUGAUUUUUAAAGUUCUUCCCUAAAUUCAGUCCAGCCUGCACUGGGGGUGGGAAGGAGAGGUUUUCCUAUCAUCAGUAGCUACAAACUAUUGUCAUGGCUGAUCGUGCAUGGCAGUAUCUCCAGUGUCCCACUGUUGUCUCUUAAGAGUCCCUUCUUAGGAAGGUCUGAAAUGCUGUGUGAAGAUAUUGCUUGGUUGGACAUUUUUAAUUAAAAAGGCAACCCAGUUUGAUGCACUGUGCCAAUACAAAGCACUGGUUGUUACCAUUGGAGAAGUUACCCAGAAAGACAAAAGAUGGCUGAAAAUUUACUCAAAGCAAUUACUCUCUCUUUUCAAUCUGAUCACAUCCCUUUGGAAGAGAUUAAUAUUCACACAAUGGCACUGACCGAAGCCACACUGCUAAAACAAUGCGUCCAUUUGAAUGCAAAUCUACUUUGAGAUGGUAAGGAAGUGGGAAAGUGAGAUGCCGCAGUUCACAAAUCUUAACAUUAGCCUGUAAUUUAAGUAUUUAAGGAAAUGAAAGCUAAUUAUCAAAUUCCUAAUUACAUUCAUCCUGCUGUUUCUUUUAGGGGAAUGUUAUCAGUUUGACCUACCGUUUGAAUGUAGGGUUAUCUAGGAGGUUGCUAGCGCUAGCAGGACUCCGGGUGCUGAGUGUAUCUCAAUACCUUUCUAAAGAUUAUUACUUUUUGGUCACCCUUUUUUCCCAUAUUAAUUAAACCCCACAACAGUCUAGCUAUCCCUGUUCCUCUCCAAGGCUCAAAAUCAGGCAGUUCUUGCCAAGCUACUGUGUGCUAAUUCUGAGCUAUUGCCAAGUGGUUUGACCACAAGGGUUGUAUUGCCACAAUGCUAAUCCAACUUGGCAAUUGUUGGCCUCUCAUUCUUCUCUACAAAGUGCCUCUUCCUACACCUUGUAACAGGGUGAGCUCUUUUUCACAAUAUUCUCCUGUGGUUUGAUGGUGUGAGGCCAGGCUUCCUCCCACUUCAUACAAUUGACAUUCAUUGACCUGUUUGAAACACACACUCAGAAGUGAAUACCUCCUCUUAUAGACCAUUCUCUUUUCUCUGUGGACCUGAAGUCAAUGGGUUUUGGAUCAGACUUUUAUCAGGAUCUAAUUCAAAGACCUAACCUCUUGCUAGGUCAAACCAAAAGUUCUUUCUGUCUCAAGUUUGUAGAAAUGAAGCAAAACUCUCACAACCUUCACAGUAUGAGAAGAGAACAUGGGCACAGCAAGCCCUGCUGCUAGUUCAGAUAGCGUAGUGUUGCUUCCAAAAGAAUUCUUCUGUCAUGUUAAUGUGCAUCCCUUUUAUUGUGUUUUUAACUCUUUCAUGAAUUAGAUUGUUGAAUGUUAAACAUAUCUGCUCCAUUUCCCCAACUGUCAAAUGCCACAGCUAGUCUGGUUAACUGGCCCUAUCGGGCUCUAUGUUUACGCAGAAAGUUAAACUAGUUAACUGUAGGCCAGGGGAAGGCAACCUAUGGCACGGGUGCCGAAGGCGGCACACGAGCUGAUUU